AUGGCCGACUACAACCGCUACGGCCACAGCUACAGCUACGGCGGCGGCGGGGGGUAUAGCCAAGGGCCACCGCCCUCAGCCCUGCCGGCGCCGCACAUGCCCGCCACCACCUCAGCCGCCCCGCCCUCCUCGUCCUCCUACGGCGGGUACCCGCCCGCCGCCUACCCUCCGCCGCCCCCGCAGGCGGCGGCGGGCGGAUUCGGCUCCGGCGGCUACGGCUACGGCUUCGUCCCCGUCGCGUUCCCACCUGGGACGCACCCGGAGGUCGAGCGCGCCUUCCGCGCCGCCGACCGCGACUGCAGCGGCGCCAUCGACGAGCGCGAGCUGCAGGGGGCGCUCUCCUCCGCCUACCACCGCUUCAGCAUCAGCACCGUCCGCCUCCUCAUGUUCCUCUUCAACGACCCCUCCUCCUCAUCCGCGUCCUCACGGAUGGGGCCAACACAGUUUGUAUCUCUCUGGAAUUGCCUUGGGCAAUGGCGGGGAAUUUUUGACAGAUACGAUAGGGAUCGGAGUGGCAAAAUCGACUCCCGUGAGCUGACCGAAGCUCUUCGUAGCCUUGGAUACGCCGUUCCACCUUCUGUCAUCGAGCUUCUUAUAGCGAAUUACAACAAUGGUGUGCCUAGCAAUGGCGCGCUAGACUUCGACAACUUUGUGGAAUGUGGGAUGAUUGUGAAGGGUUUAACUGAGAAAUUCAAGGAGAAGGAUACCCGCUACACUGGCUCGGCCACUCUUACAUAUGAUGGAUUCUUGUCGAUGGUCAUCCCCUUCAUCGUCCCUUAG